AAAAAAGAACUUUCUCAUCUGUCAGAAUGUCGAUCGAGAAAGCAAAAGAGGCUUUCUUUAAUGCUGAACACUAUGCAGUCAUCGGUGCUUCCACCGAUCGGGCUAAGUAUGGAAAUAAGGUCUUGCGAUGGUACAAAGAUCAUGGAUUAGAAGUGAUUCCCGUUCAUCCGAAAGAAUCUUCGAUCGAAGAUAUCUCAACAGUUUCUGAAAUCAAACAAGUUCAAAAACCAAAGAGUACAAGUGUAAGCGUUAUAACACCACCAAAGAUUUCUCUACCCAUCAUUAAAACUGCUUUGCAAGAUUUACACGUAAACGCAGUUUGGCUUCAACCUGGAGCAGAAGAUCAAGAAGUGAAAGAUUGGAUCGCUUCUACGGAUGAAAGUAUACAGAGUAAAGUCAUUUAUGGAGGACCAUGUAUUUUGGUACAAGGCGAAAGUUUGGCAAAAGCCAAAGGCAAACUCUGAAGGAUUGAUGAGAAUGAAUUGAACUGAGAAAUGAAUAUACAUCAUGAUAUACGUGACAGAUAUGUGCCAAAAUGAAAAGAUAGAAUCGAGAUAGAAUACAGAAAUUGUGCAUGGAUCCACAACAAGAAAGGGCUUU